GUGAAGAGUUAAUAAUAACUGAUAACAAGUCAUGUUCAUAACAGCAAACCAUGAAAAUCAUUACAACACAUUUCCAAUUCAUUGCCUUCUCUUUUACUGUAAUGUAAUGGUAAUGGUAAUGGAGUAAUGUAAGUCAUCUAAAAAACUCAUCACCUACCACUGAUAACUCCAUCCCUUCUUCUCUCUUUUAUUAUCUCUCUCUUUCUCUCUCCACAACAACAAAACAAAUAAACAUCACAAUUUCCAUGUCCAUCUUCUUCUUCUUCUUCUUCUUCAAUUUGCCACAACCAACUACAUCAGCCAAGACAAUUGCCACUACAACAACAAUAAAGGCUCUUUCUUUUUCUUAUUGUCAUUUUUGGCUUUGGGUGCAUAGAAAGCUCCACCCCAUCUUAGAUUUACACUCACAUUUGCCCCCCAACUGGAAAUAAAAAGAAAAAGUACUAAAUCUUUUUGGGUAUUCAGCUCCAGUUCUUUUGGACAGCUGGCUUGAUUUGAGUUUCUUGAACAUGGAUUCUUUUUCACAUUGGUCGUUUUGGAAUUAUUUAGUCUGAGAUCUGGAUUCUUAGUAGUGUGGUAUGGUUAAAAGGUUUCAAAGAUCUAGAGUUUGAAGGCUGUCUCUUGUUAAGUCACUUCAGAGAGGUUUUGGACAUCCUAAAAACAAGAAAUGGCCGGUGAUCUAAACACAGAAAUGUCCAAGAAGACUGCCAUUUUUGGUCUCAAGGUGUGGGAAGUAAUUGGGAUUUCUGUGGCAUUGUUUAUCUUUAUCUUUAUUAUCCUCUCUGUCUUGUCAUUUUAUUUAACUUCGAGGAAGAAGUUGAGAAAAGAUCGAAACAAGCUUCCCCAUAGCCAAAUCCCAACUGUUUCAAAGGAAAUUAAGGAAGUUCGUGUGGAACAAGUAUCCACAAAUGAAUUCGUACCGCGUGAUGGGAUUCUUCUCACGAUUCACGAUAAGAAUAGUGAGAAAGAUUCAGAUAAGGUCAUGGUCCAUUUGGGCAUGGGAAAAGUGAAGAAUGGAGACAAUAGCAGUCAAUCAGGUUCUUUUCAUCAUUUAGACAAAGAUUGUGGAUCACAAUCGGGUGAAGAAGGGAGCUCUGGCACAGUAACGAUAUAUAAACCUUCUUCUUCUUCAUAUCCUAUAACUGCUCCUUCCCCUCUUUGUGGCCUCCCCGAAUUCUCUCACUUGGGCUGGGGUCACUGGUUCACACUGAGAGACCUUGAGCUGGCAACAAACCGGUUUUCUAAGGAAAAUGUUCUUGGGGAGGGUGGAUAUGGAGUUGUUUACCGGGGACAUUUGAUCAAUGGCUCUCCUGUGGCAGUGAAAAAGAUCCUAAAUAAUUUGGGCCAAGCAGAGAAGGAGUUUAGAGUGGAAGUUGAAGCCAUUGGCCAUGUGCGCCACAAGAACUUGGUUCGCCUUCUGGGAUAUUGCAUAGAAGGGACUCACAGGAUGUUGGUUUAUGAAUAUGUCAAUAAUGGAAAUUUGGAACAAUGGCUUCAUGGAGCUAUGCGUCAGCACGGAUAUCUUACUUGGGAGGCCCGCUUGAAAGUUCUCCUGGGCACAGCUAAGGCUCUUGCCUAUUUGCAUGAGGCCAUUGAACCAAAAGUGGUGCACCGAGAUAUUAAGUCGAGCAAUAUAUUAAUUGAUGAUGACUUUAAUGCCAAGGUUUCGGAUUUUGGCUUGGCCAAGUUGCUUGGAUCUGGAAAAAGCCAUGUUACUACUCGUGUUAUGGGAACAUUUGGAUAUGUGGCUCCUGAAUACGCAAAUACCGGUCUUUUGAAUGAAAAGAGUGAUGUUUAUAGCUUUGGGGUUUUGCUCUUGGAAGCUAUUACCGGAAGAGAUCCAGUCGACUAUGGUCGUCCUUCCCAUGAGGUAAAUCUUGUUGAUUGGCUGAAAAUGAUGGUGGGAAGCAGGCGGUCUGAAGAAGUAGUGGAUCCGAACAUUGAUGUAAGGCCACCAACAAGAGCUCUAAAGCGGGCUCUAUUGACUGCUUUGAGGUGUGUUGAUCCGGAUUCUGAAAAAAGACCUAAGAUGGGCCAGGUUGUUCGAAUGCUUGAAUCUGAGGAAUAUCCUAUUCCUAGAGAGGAUCGUAGACACCGAAGGACGCAGGGUGGUAGCAUGGACAUUGAAUCUCAGAAAGAGAAUUCUGACACCGAUCGCAGUGAUCAUCCAGGAUCAAGAUCAGAAAGCAGACGGACGUAAUGCAACUUGGUGUUUUUGGGGAUUUGAGAGACUCCAUAUAACUGAGGGGAUAAUCCUUACAAAUUUUUUCACUCUUAAAUUUCCUGGCUUGACUCUAUAUAUGCUGUUGAUAAUUAGGAUAUGGGAAGGGGUAGGAAGAGAUAUGAUUUUUUUUUCCCUUUUCAUUUUUUUUUCUUCUUUUUAAUUUUUCUUGGAUGUAGAUGGAGAAUGAUUUGCUUUUGUAUGGAAUUGGUAUUGUGAAGGACCCAUGUCAUAGGGGGUGUGUACAGAAUUGGGUUAGCUGUUUUUCAAGAUUGUUUCAUGUUUGGACCAGCAAAAGAGGCUCCCAGAAAAUUUAUUUGGCAUAAUGCAUACAGGCACCUGAACUUUUUUCUUUUCA